AUGGCUCUCGCCUUUGCAAAAGAACAAGAAUGGGAGGCUUGUGAGGAUUGCUUGGCGUUGUUGAUUUUUGGAUUGGUUUUGUUUCCAAAUGAUGCUGAUUAUGUUGACCCCGCCGCCAUCAACGUAUUUUGGGCUGUAAAAGUGUUGAACGUAGAUCCUACUCCAACUUUGCUGGCUGACGUGUAUUAUGCAAUCAAUGCACGUUAUGAAAAGGGAAGAGGUGCACUACGCUGUUGCAUUCCUUUGUUAUUUUCUUGGUUCAUGUCUCAUCUUUAUAAGGACGAUUAUUUGAUUCCGAACUUGGAUAAACAUGGAUGGGCUCAAAAAUUGAGGGCUCUUAAUGCUGACUCUAUACUGUGGUAUGCUAGAAGGUUGGAUAUCAGAAAAAUUGCUUAUAAAUGUGGAACAUUUCCUAAUAUACCGUUGAUUGGAACAAGGGGGUGUAUCAACUAUAACCCCUCUUUGGCUUUACGUCAACUUGGGCAUCCUUUAGAAGAGAAACCUUCCGAAGAAGAGUUGAAACAAUUGUUGCUUCAUGACAUGGGUAAAAAGAAUCCAAAGCUACUUCAGAGUAUCAUUCGAGCUUGGGGCAAAGUGCAUAAAAAAGAGUAUAGUAAGAACAAUGUUGUGGCCAGAGAAGCCUAUACUCAGUGGGUUAUAAAUAGGGUCCAAAUCAACAAGUUACCAUUUGAUAUUGAUCCGACGUAUAAGUCAGAUGUACCGGACCCGCUUCCUAUGUCAGUGGAAGAAGUGGAAGAACUAAAGGCCUCCCUUGAAAAAGCUCAGAGAGAAAAGGAAGGGCUAGAGCAUGAUCUCUAUGACCUUAAUUACGAGGAAAAUCAGUUACAAUAUGAGCUUAAGAAGAAAGAAGAACAGAUCCAAAAAAAUAACGAGCAGGUGGACAAAGAGAGGCUCAAAAGGAAGCGGGCAACUGAUGGAUUCAUAAGUGCAAACUUUAACCUCGAUUCCCACAAUCAACAAAUAAAAGAUGCUAAUCUGGAGAAUGAAAGACUAAGGGGUUGGUAUACCCAAGCAUUGAAAGACAAAAGGACAAUUGAAAUAGAUCUAGAAGCACAAAUCCAAGAGUUGAUUGGCAAAGCUCGAGAUCAAGAGGAUAAAAUCUAA